AUGGGCUCAAUAAGUGAGAAGGCGGAGGUGUUCCCUAACGUCCCUGCUGAUGUAGCCCCGGACAUCAUGUGGGACCUGAAAAUACGCCUGACUGCGGACAAGACUCCCGGUAAAGUUGACUUGGGUGCUGGUGUCUACAAAGACGAGGAGGGCAAAUACUAUGAGUUGCCUGUAAUUCACAAGGCAAAGAAGAUUCUGGCAGCUCAACCUGUUGAUCACAAUUAUGGCUUCAAUACCGGUGAUCCGGCGUUCCUCAAGAAAGCCGCCGAAGUCAUUUUCGGCAAGGAUAGUGAAGUCCUGAAGGCCGAAAAGGUCGCCAGCAUCCAAACCAUCGCGGGCACGGGCGCCUGCCACCUCGGCGCGGUCUUCAGCUCUCACUUCUUCCGGCCCGACCCCUCCGCGCCGCCGCCGUCCGCCUACGUCGGCGCGCCGGCCUGGCCCAACUACGAGCCGCUCUUCACCUACACGCAGCUCGCGCCGACCUUCUACCCGCACUACGACUACGCGACCAAACACGUCGCCUUCGACAGCCUGCUGCAGGCCGCCGCCGACGCGCCGACGCGCUCCGUCUUCGUGCUGCAGGCCGUCUGCCACAACCCGACCGGCCGCGACCUCUCGCACGCGCAGUGGGUGCAGGUCGCCGAGGCGCUCGAGGCGAAGGGCCACUUGCCGUUUUUCGACAUCGCGUACCAGGGCUUCGGCGCGGGGUUGGAGGAGGACGCGUGGCCGAUCCGCGAGUUCGUGAGGCGCGGGUUGCAGGUUGUUGUGGCGCAGAGCUUCUCGAAGAAUUUGGGGUUGUAUGGGGAGAGGGUGGGCGUGCUGCACGUUGUUGCGGGCAGUAAGGAGGUUGCGGGGCGGGCGGGCGAUCAGCUGAGGAGCUUUGCGAGGUGGACGUGGGCGAGCCCGCCGAGGUAUGCGGCGACGUUGGCGAAGAUUGUGAUGGAGGAGUUUUGGGAUGAGUGGUUGGACAACCUGAGAGUUAUGAGGGAGCGGUUGCAGAAGAACAGGAAGAAUUUGCACUGGUGGCUCACAGAGGAGCUGAAGACACCGGGAAAUUGGGAUCACAUCCUGGAAGAAACCGGGCUAUUUUCCCUACUCGCCCUUACUCCUGCUCAAGUGGAACGAAUGGCUUCAGAGGAUCAUAUCCACUUCCCUACUACGGGACGCAUCAAUGUUGCCGGAUUGACUGAGACCAACGUGGAGACGCUGGCGAGAUCCGUUGAUAACGUUGUUCGGUAA